AUGCUGAUCGUCCUAUUCCUCAUCAUCCUGUUCCACGUGUGUGCGGCCGCUCUGCUCUUUGUGGCCACCAUCUAUAAUGCCUGGUGGGUGGUGACCCCUGAGGGACGUGAUGUGAUCUACACCGACCUGUGGUAUUCCUGCAACAACACAUGCAUCCCAGUGGAGAACAGCCACACCACCAGUGCAGCCUUCCUGCAGACGGUCCAGGCCACCAUGAUCCUGGCCACCAUCCUGUGCUGCGUCAGCUUCUUCGUCUUCAUCCUGCAGCUUUUCCGCCUCAAACAGGGAGAGCGGUUUGUCUUCACCGCCAUCAUCCAGCUGCUGGGCUCCCUGUGCGUCAUGAUUGGCGCGGCGGUCUACACGGCGGAGAAGGAGAGCUUCCACAUCCCCAGCCUCCGGACCGGCUCCUACGGCGCGUCCUUCAUCCUCGCCUGGGUGGCCUUCCCCAUGACCUUCAUCAGCGGCCUCGUGUAUCUAGGGUUUUGUUGUUGGUGUUUUGGGGGUUGUGUUGGGUUGGUGGGGUUGGGGGUUUGGUGGGUGGUGGUUGUGGUGGGUUUGGUGGGGGAUGUGGGGGUUGUGAGGGGGGGGGGUGGUGGGGGGGUGUGGGUUUGGGGUGUGUGGUGUGGGGGUAGUGUGGGGGGGGGUGGGUGUUGGUGGGGUGGUGGGGUGGGGGGGGUGGGGGGGUUGGGGGGUGUUGGGGGGGGGUGGUGGGGUGGGGUGGUGGGGGGGGUGGGUUUGGGGUUGUGUGUUUUUGUGUGGGGUGGGGGUGGGUUUGUGGGUUUGGUUUUUGUGGGUGUUUGUGGGGUUGGGGUGUUUUGUGUUUUUGUUGUUGUUGGUUGUGGUUUGGGGGUUGGGGGUGGUGGGGUGUGUUUGUUUGUUUGUUGUUGGUGGGGGGGGUUGGGGGGGGUUGGGGGGUGGGGGGGGGGGGGGGGGGGGGGUGGGGGGGGGGGGGGGGGGGGGGGGGGGGGGGGGGGGGGGGGGGGGGGGUUUGGGGGGUUGGUGGGUGGGUGGGGGGGGGGUGGGGGUUGUUGGUUUGGGGGGGGGGUUGGGUGGGGUUGGGGGGGGUUGUGGGGGGUGGUGGGUGUGGGGGUGUGGGGGGGGGGGGGGGGGGGGUGUUGGGUUUUGUGUGUUGUUUGUGGUGGGGUUUUGUGGUGGUGUGUGGGAGGGGGGUGUGUGGGGUGGUGUGUUUGGGGGGGGAUGGGGUGUGGGGGGUGUGGUGUUUGUGGGUGGGUGUUGUUUUUUGGGGUGUUUGGUUGUGUGUGUGGGGGUGGUGGUGUUUUGUUUUUGUGUGUUUUGGGGUGGGGUUGUGUUGUUUGGGGGGUUGUUUGGUUUGUGUGGUGUGGGUGUGUGGUGGGGUGUUUUGGUGUGUGUGUUUUGUUUUUUUUUUGUGGGUGGUUGGUGUUGGUUUGGUUGUGUUGGUGGUGUAAGAUUGGUGGGUGGUGGUGUUGUUUGUGGGUAUUGUUUGGUUUUGUUGGUGUUGGUUUGUGUUUUGGGGUGUUGUGGGGUGGGUGUUUGUGGUUUGUUUGGGGGUGUUGUUUUGGGGGGUGGGGGGGUUUUUGUUUUGGGGUGUUUGGGUUUGUUUUGGUUUGUUGGGGGGUGUGUUGUGGUUGUUGUGAGGUUUUGUUUGUGUUGGGUGGGUUGUGGGGGGGGGGUGUAGGGUUUGGUUUGUGUUUUGUUUGUGGGGUUGGGGGUGAUUUGGAUUUUGUUGUUUUGGGGUGUUUGGGUGGUGUGGUUUUGGGGGUGGGUGUUUUGGGGUUGUGUGAAGAUGAUGUAGUUUUUUGUUGGGUUGGUUUUUUGGGGUGUUUUUUGGGGUGUGUUUUGUUGGUUUUUUUGAUUGGUUGGGUGGUUUUAUGUGUUGGUGGUUUUGUUGUUUGGUUGUGGAUUGGUGUUGGGGUGGGUUGGGUGUUUUUUUGGGGUUUUUGGUUUUGGGGUGUUGGGUGGUUGUUUGGGGGUGGUGUUUGUUUUGGUGGGUUUUGUUUGUGGGGGGUUUGGUUGUGUGUAUAUGGUGGGUUGUGUUUUGUGUGUGGGGGUUUUGGUUGGGUUGGGGGGGUUGGGUUGGGUUGUUGGGUGGGUUUUGAGAGGUUUUUUGGUGGGGUUUUUUGUGUUGGUGGUUGGGGGGGGGGGUUGUUGUUUUUUUGUGUUUGGGUUGGGGUUUUUGGGUUUUGUGGGGGUUGUUUUUUGUGGGGGGUUUUGUGUGUGGUUUUUUUGAUUUUUUGGGUGGUUGUGGGUGGGGUGUUUGUGGGGUUGGGGGGGUGUGGUGGGUUGUGGGUUUUAUGGGGGUUUUUGUUAAGGGUUGGGUGGUGGUGUUGGGUGUUGUUGGGUGGUUUUUGUGUUGGGUUGUUUGUGGGUGGGGUGGUGUGUGUUUUUGUGUGGGUUGGGGGGGUUGUUUUUUGGGUUUGGGGUUGUGGGUGGUUGUGUUUGUUUUUUUGUUUUUUUGGGGUUUUUUUUGGGGUUUGGGUGGUUUGUUUGUUUUGGGUUGUUUUUGGGGGGUGGGUUGGGGUGGGGGGUUUUGUUGUAUUUUUGGGUGGGGGUUUGGGGGGGGUUGGGGUGGGUGGGGGGGGGUUGUGUAGUGGGGGUGGGGGGUUUGGUUUGUUGUUGGGUGUGUUGGGGGGGUUGGGUUGUGUUGUGGUGGUUUUUUUGUGUGUGUGUUUUUGUGUGUUGGGUGUGGGGGGUGUGUGUGGUUGUGUGGGGGUGUGGGGUGGUGUGUGUGUGGGGUGGUUGGGGUUGUUUGUUGUGUGGGUGGUGUGUGUGUGGUGUGUGGGGUGGUUUUGUGGUGGGUGUGUGUUUGGUGUGGUGUUUGGGUGGUGUGGGGUGUGUGUGGGGUGUGUGUGUGGGGUUUUGUGGUGUUUUUGGUGUGUGUGUGGGAGUGGUUUGGGUGUGUUGUGUUUUGGGGGGUGUGGUGUGUUUGUGGUGUUGUGUGUGUGUUGUGUGAUGUUGUGGUUUGUGAGGUGUUUUUGGUGUUGUUGUUUUGUGGUGUUUUUGGGGGUGGUGUGGUUGUUUGUGUUGUGUGUGGUUGUGGUUGGUUGUUUUGGUUUUUUUGUGGGUUUGUUUUGUUUUUUGUGGUGUGUGUGGUUGUGGGUGUUGUGUGGGGGUGUGUGUGUGGGGUUUGUUGUGUGUGUGUGGGUUUGUGUGUGUGGUGUGGUGGUUUUUUUUUGUGUUUGUUGUGGUGUGUUUUGGUGGUGGUGUGUGGGGGUUGAGGGUUGGGUGUGUUUGUUUGGGUUAUGUGUGGUGUGUGUGUGGGGGGGUGGGGGUUUGUGGUGGGUUGGGGUUGUGUGUGGGGUUUUGGUUGGGGUGGGGGGUGUUGUGUGGUGGGGUGUUUGGGGGUGGGGGGGUGGUGUGUUUGGGUUUUGUGGUGGGGGUUGGGGUUUUGGGGGGUUGGUGUGGGUUGUUUGGGUUGGGUGUGGGUGUGUGGGGUUUGGGGGUUGGGGUGUGUGGGGUGGGUGUGUUUGGUGUGGUGGGUGGGGUUUUGGUGGUGUGUGGGGUUGGUUGGGGGUGUUGGGGGGGGGUGUUUUGUGGGGGUUGGGGGGGGGGGUGUGGGGGGUGUGGUUUGUGGUGGUGGGUGGGGGGUGUUUUUUGGUGGGUGUGAUGGGGUGGGUUUGUGUGUGUUUUGUGGGGGUUGUGUGGGUUUGGGGUGGGGUUUUGGGGGUUUGUUGUGGGUGGGGUUGUGUUGUGAGGGUGUUUUGGUUGUUUGUGGUUGUGUUUGUUUUUGGGGUGUGUGGGUUGGGGUGGUGGUUUUUGGGUGGUGUGUGGGGUGGGGGUGGUGUGGUUGUGGUGUGUUUGUUGGGGGGGGGUGUGUGUUGGUGUGUGUGUGUGUUGGUUGGUGUUGUUGUUGGGUUGUUGUUUGGUGGUUGGGGGGGUUGGGGGUGGUGUUGGUUGUUUGUUUGUUGUUGUGGUGGGUUGGGGGGUGGGGGGUGGGUUGGUUGUGGGGGGGGGUGUUUUUGGUUGUUUGUUGGGGUGGGGGUUGGUUGGUUGUGGUUUGUUUUUUUUUUUGGGGUUUUGUGGGGGUUUGGGGUGUGGGUUGGGGUUGGUGUUGGGGUGUUUGUGGGGGUGGGGGGUUUGUUUUGGGUUGUGGUUUUGUGGGGGGGGGGUGUGGUUUGGGGGUUUGUGGUGUGGGGUUGGUGGGGGGUUUGGGGGGUGGUUGGGUGGUUGGGGGUGGUUGGGGUUUUGGUUGUGUGUGGUGUGGGAUUUUGGGGGGGUGUGGUGUGUUUGUGUGAGGUUUUUGGUUGUGUGGUUUUUGGGUUGUUUGGGUGGUGUGGGUUUGAUUGGGGGGGGGUGAGGGUUGGGUGUUGGUGUUUUUGUUGUUGUUUGUAUGUGGUUGUUUGUUGGGGUUGGUUUGGGUGUGUUGGGUUAGUGAGUGGGUUGGGGUGGUGUGGGGUUGUGUGGGUGUUGGUGUUUGUUGUUGUGGUUGUGUUUUGGGUGUUUUUGGGUGGGUUGGGUUGUUGUUGUUUGUGUGGUGGGUUGUGGGGUGGGGGGGUUGGGUGUUGGGUGGUUGUUUGUUGUGUUGGGUGGGGGGGGGUUUUUUAUUGGUGGGGUUUUGGUUUGGGGUGUGGGUGGGUUGUGGGUUUUGUUGGGGUGUGGUUUGUUUUGUUGUUGGGGUUGUGUGUGUGGGUGUGGGUGGGUGUGUUUUUGGUGGGUGUGUGGUGGGUUGGUGUGUGGUGGGUGGGGGGGGUGUUGGGGUGGGGGGGUUGUGUGGUGGUUAUUUGGUGGGGUGUUGGGGGUGGUGUGUGUUGUGGUUUGGGGGUUGUUGGGUUUUGGUGUGGUGUGUUGGGGUUGGUGGGUGUUUGGUUUGUGGGGGGUGGGGUUAUUGUUUGUUGGUGUGGGUUGUGUUGGGGGGGUGUGUGUGGGUGGGUUUUGGAUGUGUGGUGGUGGUUUGGUUGGUGGGGUUGGGGGGUGGUUGGUUUGUUGGGUUGGGUGUGGUUUGUGGUGGUGUGGUGGUGGGUUUUUGGGGGGGUUUUUUGUGGUGUGUGGGUUUGGUUGGGUUUGGGUGUUUGGUUUGGAGGUGGUUUUUGGUGGGUUUUUUUGUUGGGGGGGGGUGUUUUGGGUUGUUUGUAUGAUUGGUGGUUUUUGUUUGGUUUGGGUUGGUUGGUUGUGGGUGUUGGGGUUUUUGGUUGGGUUUGGGUGGGGGGUGGUUUUGGGUUGUGGGUUGUGGUUGGAGUUGGGUGUUGUGGUUUUGUGUGUGUGUGGGGGUGUGGGUGGGGGUGGUUUGGUGUGUUGGGAUGGUUUUGGGUGUUUUGUGUUUUGUGUUUGGGGGGGUGUUGUUGUUGGUUUUUUGUUUGUGGGGUUUGGUUUGGUUUUGUUUGUGUGUGGUGGGUUUUUGUGAUGUGGUUUUUGGUGUUGUGGGUUUGUGUUGUUGGGGUGGUAGAUUGUUUUUUUGUUUUGUUGGUGGGGGGUGUGGUGUUUUAUGUGGUUGUUGGUGUUUUGUGGGUGGUGGUGUUGGUUUGUUUGUUGGUUUUUGGGGUGGGUGUUGUGGGGGGUUGUGGUUUGGUGGUUGGUUUGUGUGGUGUGGUUGGUUGUUGUGGUGGUGGGGGUUGGUUUGUUGGGUGUGUGGUGGUUGGGUGUUGGGGGGGUUGUGGGUUGUUGGGUGUUUGGGUUUUUUUUGGGUGGGGUUUUUGUUGUUGUUGUGUUGUGAGGGUGGUUUUGUUGGGGUUGGUGGUGUUUUGGGGGUGGUUUGGUUUGGGGGGGUGGGUUGGUUUUUGGUGUUUGUUUUUUAGGGUUGUUUUGGAGUUUGGUUUAGUAUUUUUGGGGUGGUUUUGUUUGUUAGUGGUGGGGUUGUUUGUUGUUUUGGGUUGUUUGUGUGUGGGUUGUGGUGUUGGGGUGGUUGUUUUUGUUUUGAUGUUGGUUUUGGGGGUGUGGUGUGUUUGUUUUGUAUUUUUGGUGUGUGUUUGUUUUUUUUGGGGUGGGGUGUGUGGGUGGUUUUGUUGGUUGGUGUUGGGGGUGGGGUUUGAGUGUGGUGGUUUGGUGUGUUGGGGUUGGUAUUGGUAG